GAAUGUUCCGGGUCAGAAACUGGACUAAGAGGAAAUAAACUCCGGGAUAAGAAAAACACGAACCAGAUACAACCAAACAGACAUGUAACCGCUUAUAAAUACAGGUACGGGACAUUUGUCAGCCUUCCAGAGAAGAUGUUGCGAGAAAGGUGAAAAAGCGGAAGAGAAACUCCCGGGAUCAAAUCAGAAGUGGAGCGCGACGUUUUUAGUCCGUGUUUGUGCGCGCGAUACUUUUGCGUUUUGAAAUCGACACAACACUAGUUGCUUUGGCGCACUUGGAGAGUUUCCUCUGCUUGUUUGAUUCAGUUUUGGUUUGCCGUGGCAACUUUUCCAGCAGCAGGACGGAUUUAUCCAGUCUACAGAUCGUCAUCAUCCCGUGAUGUUUCACUGUAUUCCCCUGUGGCGGUGCAACCGUCACAUCGAGUCGAUUGAUAAGCGCCACUGCUCGCUGCUGUACGUCCCGGAUGAGAUCUAUCGCUACAGAGGGAGUUUGGAAGAGCUUUUACUGGACGCCAAUCAACUGCGUGAUUUGCCCAAGCCAUUCUUCAAUUUGACAAAGUUGAGAAAGCUCGGUUUGAGUGACAAUGAGAUCCAGAGGUUGCCGGGGGACAUCGCCAACUUCAACCAACUCGUUGAGCUCGACGUCUCUCGAAAUGACAUUAUGGAACUCCCUGAAAGCAUUUCAUACUGUAAAACCCUACAAGUAGCAGAUUUUAGUGGAAAUCCUUUGACAAGAUUGCCAGGAAGUUUUCCAGAAUUACGGAAUUUAACAUGCCUUUCCAUCAAUGACAUUUCUUUGCAAUCACUUCCAGACAACAUUGGAAACCUCUGUAACUUGGUAUCACUGGAACUCCGAGAGAACUUACUGACAUAUUUACCAGAGUCUCUGUCUCAACUUCAGAAACUUGAAGAACUUGAUGUAGGGAACAAUGAACUGUAUAAUUUGCCGGAGACAAUAGGCUGUCUCAUCAGUCUAAAAGACCUGUGGCUGGAUGGAAACCAGCUGUCUGACAUACCACCGGAACUGGGCGGUAUGAGAAGCCUUACAUGUCUAGAUGUAUCCGAGAAUAAGUUAGAGCACCUCCCAGAGGAGAUGGGUAACCUGCUGUCCCUCACAGACCUCCUGGUGUCCCAGAACCUCAUUGACAUGCUGCCGGAGAGCAUAGGAAAAUUAAGACGGCUUUCGAUAUUGAAAGCGGAUCAGAACCGAUUAGUGCAGCUGCCGGAGAGCAUCGGCAACUGUGAAAGCCUCUCUGAACUGGUGCUAACUGAAAACCAGCUGGUUAAUUUGCCUAGAAGUAUUGGAAAACUAAAGAAACUGUCCAACUUCAACUGUGAUAGGAAUCGCCUAACGUCUUUACCGAAAGAGAUUGGUGGCUGCAGCAGUCUGAAUGUUCUGUGUGUGAGAGAGAACCGUCUAACACAAAUCCCUCCAGAGCUCUCACAGGCUUCAGAACUGCACGUUCUAGAUGUGUCUGGAAACAGGCUGCUGUACCUGCCACUGACCCUCACUACUCUACGACUCAAAGCACUUUGGCUGUCUGAGAAUCAGUCUCAACCCCUGCUCACCUUCCAGACGGACGUGGACCCUGAGUCUGGCGAGAAGGUGCUCACCUGUGUACUGUUGCCACAGCAACUCUGUGAAUCAGAAAACAAAGGUUCAGAUAAUCUGGCCCGCUGUGGAGCUCUGGAGAGUUUAGUGGAGAGUGGAGCACUGGACGACACAUGGGAUGAUCAAGCCACAAACAGAAUGAGCACCAUCCGUUUCAUGGAGGAGGAUGAUGAUGAAGAUGAUGAAGAGAGGACACUGUUGCGACGGGCCACGCCCCAUCCCGGCGAGCUGAAGAACAUGAAGAAGGUGGCCGAGACCAUCCGUAAGGACAUGAAUGCUUCCAAAGGCCUGGACUCCAACAAAAACGAGGUCAAUAAUGCUGUGGACCGAGUGACCACGUCUGUGUGAACACUUUAACUCUGAGAUGUCUCUUAACCAAUGUGUCUCGCCCCUGAAGCCCCUUCCGCAGAGCCAUUCCUCACCGCCCCUGUUCUCUCCCAGCGGUGGGGCUCCUCUUUUGCUCCCCCGGGACCACCAAAGCCCUUUGUCCAGCCCUGCUAACUUCAUCUACUUCUGCCCUGUGUCAGGGACAAACCCCCACAAACAGGUGCCUUCUUUUUUAAUAACCUCCAGAGCAAUAAACUUGCAAAGGAGUGAACAUUUUUACCCUUAAAACUAUUCAAAUCCAGUGCUUUUUUCUUGACACACAAAACAGGUAGUUGCACUACAAGUCUUAGCAUAAAUCUGUCAAAAUCUUUAUUAUAGGUAAAUAAAAUGCGUGUAUAUGUGUGUGUGUGUGUGUGUAUAUAUAUAUAUAUAUAUAUAUAUAUAUAUAUAUAUAUUUGCUCUUUUUUUAUUUUGAAACACUGGGUGCAUUUCUUUCUUUUUCUAUGGUGAUGCAUGGAGAGCAGGCAUUUUGGACCUACUGAUUAAAUGAAUGAUUGUAUAGUUGCUUGUGAAUAUUGAUAAUUUUAUACUUACGGCAGCUCAAGUGGUGUAAAUUUAAAAAAAUGACAAAACAUGUAUUGCCAGUUUUUUAAUCAAUGAACAUUCUUAUUCAAACAAAGUGGCGUUUUUUUUAUUGUCAUACACAUUUAAAAGAAUCGUUCGCCCAAAAAUGAAAAGUUGGUCACCCUCAUUAUGCUACAAACCCUUAUGACUUCUUUUCUUCAGCCAUUCUUACCAUAUAGUGACACUGAAUUGGGACUGUCAAGCUCCAAAAUGACCAAUAACAUAAAUUCAUUCUCCUGUUUUUCUGGGCCAGAUAUUAUUGAUGUCAAUGGUGUCAUAUCUGAUUUGAGAACUGCGGCAAAGAGGAAGAUUUUCAGUGAAAAAUUACUUUCGUUCCUAACGCAGUGGUAUUGUAUGGCUUCAGAAGACUUGGAAUGUUGCACAGGAUGGAACACUUUCAAUCGCUAUCAACUCAACCAGAGGUUCCCAGUAAAAGAUAAACAUAAAUGAUGAUGAAACCCAAAAUAUUAAAUGCCAUGGUUUAAUAUUUAUGAAGUAAUUCUUUAUUUUGUAGAGGGGGGUCAAAAUGAACAUUUUCACCUAUGAUUUUGGAGCAAAACUACAGUUUUGCUUCAAAAAAUAUACCUUAGAAAUGUCAUAAUUUUAUUUUCACACAGAGCUAGGUAGGUCUGUUAAUAAAAAUGGCUCACUUCAGCACCCCUUGUUGUAUUUAGCUGUAUUUAAUGAGUAUAAGAAUGGAAAUAUAUAACUCUGGAAAUAUAGAAGAUAUCUUAAUAUCCUUUUAGAUUCUGUUUCAGAAUAAUCUUUUUUUUGGUUUGGUUUAGGCAUACCAACUGUGCAAAAACAAUUUCUGGACUCAUACAAAUGCAACAAAGGGUGCUGAAUUCAACUGAUUUUAGUAAUGGACCUACCUAUCUCUGUGUACAAAUAAAAUAAUGACACUGCCAUCUUUCUAAGGGUAUUUGUUUUACCUGUAGUUUUGCUACAAAAUCAUAGGCCAAAAAAAAAAAAAAAAACUACUUUUCCAUUUUGACCACCCUCUACAAAAUAAUAGAUCACAAAAAGUGUUAACAAAAUUAGAAAUUGCAGGCAGGGAAGGUUUGAAAUUUUGUUUAUUUGACUCUGAAUACCCCAUUUCUUCAUGUUGUGUACCACUGAAGUUAAAAAGUCACAGUUCGAAUGACGUGGGGGUGAGUAAAUAAUGACUUUCAUUUUUGAGUGAACUAUUUCUUUAAUACUUACAUGAACAUGAGGGUGCAGCUUUUGAUUUUAUUAUUAGUUUUUUUUUUUUUUCUUCAGGUUUUUAAUUGUGUAAACAAGUUUUGUACUAAAAGUAAUUAAGGGCUAAUGCGGUUCUGUAUCGUGACCUGAAACACUCCUACAUUUGGAUUGAAUGGGGCUAAAGCUGUCCUAAUGACAUGCACUGUGCUUUACAACUUUACAACAGAUAAUUACUUUGAUAUCAACUUCAGCUGCAGUUUUUAAAAUGUGCUUCCAGAUUUGUAAAAACUGGUACAAUACAGCUCUUUUGUAAUAAAAAUAGUGGUAGUUAUUAUAUCUAUAGCUUUGGUUUAGGUGAGCAGUUUGAACUCACUUUUACAAUCAGAAUUGGUUUUCUUCUCUUUUUUUUUUUUUUUUUUUUUUUUUCUUUUUUUGAUAUGGUACACUACAGACUUCAUUUGACAUUGUAUGUUUUCAUUGUAUUCCAAGAAAGACAGACUUUGUUUUUAAUGUUUAUUUUGAUCUUUUAAUUAUUUCUUGUCAAAGAUGAAGCUGCACAGAAAACAAUCUUUAAGCAGGCGCUGUUUCUGGGCCAGUAUUUUUAUGACUUUAACCACUGAAAUAAUAAAAUGACUUAACAAAAGCAAAGAUUACGGAUCAUUAUUUAUAUGUAGUAUUGAUUGGAGCUCAUCUCAAGAUCCUACAAUUGUCUUGCCUGUACUUUUUCUCUUUGCUGAUGAAUGUUAAAACUUCUGUUUUAAAGGUUUAACUACACGUUUCUCGACUUGCACUGAAAAAAAUGUCUAUUUCAAAUAAACUUGGUGUUUCUCCUGAGAUUUGGAAGCCAAAAACUAAUUUAAAAACCAUACAAAACCACUCAUCAUCAUUAAUGUGCUGUGACCCAUGCAGUGCGUUCAU